AUGGGAAGAAUUCUGAAAGGUGGCUACUGGAGAGUAAACAAGGAGCAACUCAAAAGAUGGCUGCCAACAGCUUAUUAUUAUUUUUUCUACGGAGCACUGGGUUCUCUAUUCCCUUUUCUAAACUUGUAUUACCGGGCGAUUGGAAUGGAUCCAUGGCAAAUUGGAAUUCUAGGGGGAAUUCGCCCAUUGAUAGCGUUACUUUUUGCCCCGAUAUGGAGUUAUUUGGCCAACAAGUAUAAAAUCCGAAAAGCUAUACUUGUCUGGUCGCUCAUCAGCUGGGUUGCUUUUACUAUUCCAAUUGCGUUGGUGCCGCAUCUUAGUGCUAGUGAACAAUGCGUGGAAGAGGCAAAUUCCACGAGGCUAAGCCUCAACUCAAGUGAGGAUUCCAACAUGGUUCAUUUCAAAAGGAUAAAAACCUAUACGCUUUUAAAUAUUUCACUCAUGAAUGGCCUUUCGAGUUUGUACCAGGGACACCAGGAUAAAAUCAAAGGUCACAGUUUGCGUGAAAAUAGAAAACGGAAUAAACCGCCCUUUGUCAAAAGAGGUGCAGAGGAAACUAGGAUAAACAAUGGCCUGUAUUAUGAACACGGAUCUUUAAAACAGACAAUUGGCGAUAGCUUUCGGAUGUCAAACGGGAUUAAACUGGAGGUCUCGACAGACAGUAAAGAAGCUGAGAAACGCAAGCCUUUUGAUUUCAAAUCCCCAAAUGGGCCAUACCUCAACAAAAGAAGAAAUCCGUAUUCGGACACAAUUUUUACCGAACUGCUUUUUAUUGCUUUCACAGGGGAGAUUUUUCAGUCCGCAACAGAUGACCUCAACACACAUUUUGAUGGAACGUUUCUAGAGCAUUUGGGUGUUAUGUACCAAAAUGUGAUCGACAACAACAUUUACAGCUCGAUCGGUAUUGGAAUUGCAGCAUUUGCCACUGGUUUGAUUCUUCGCUUUGCACCAAAAAUAACAAUCUGUGAUGUUGAGUACGCUGAAUACAAAAUCGCCUUUAUAAUAUUUUCAUUACUUAUGGCGGUUGCUGUGUUGAUCUCGACAAAAUUUGACCUCAGUUAUAGAAGGCGUCGCCGCAGCUUUGAAAUUAAAGAAUCGCUGCAGAAGCUGAUUUCUGUCAGCAAUGUGACUUUUCUGUAUAUCGUGGUAAUCAUGGGGAUUCUCCGAGGGGUUUUGUUCAACUUUGUCUACUGGAAUAUCGCGGAUAUCGGAGGCUCUGAUCUCGUCGUGGGUUUCACAGUUGUGAGUCAGUAUCUCUCUGACACUAUCAUGUCUCUCUCAGCUCCUAUUCUUAUGACAUACUUGGGUUAUAUCGGUAUGAUAUACAUUGGUCUUGCUUCAUAUGCCCUUCGAUUCAUAAUCUACUCCUGGUUAAGCACCCCAGAUUCCGCAUGGGUUACCCCACCGGUCGAAUUACUGCAGGGUAUCUCCCACUCUACAGCUUGGUCAGCCUUCCUAUUGUACAUCACCAACUAUACUCCCGCAUCCUCCUUUCCCACGGGUAUUUUUCUUCUGCAGGGGUUGUAUCUCGGGGUAGGAGGUAGCAUCGGAGGGUUUGUCGGAGGGAUUUUAAUUCAAACAUUUGAUACAAACGUUGCAUUUCGCCUGUUCGGCCUUGUGAGUGUUUUGACCUGCCUGGUGUUUAUAAUGAUCCAACCUUCCGGAGGAGACGAGAUCCUCCCGUCUCAGGCAAACACCAUUUUAUUUCUCACGGAUGAGGAUGAUUAUUCCAGCUACAGCGAAGAUGAAAUUUUCGAUUACAACCAACAUGGAGUUGUCUACGUUCCCUCGAAAAGCGCAAGCGAAGGAAUGCUGCAAACAAAGAAGAUAGUUCUUCCAGCGCAUAAUUCACCCCUAGUUCCCAUCUGUCUUUCUCUCGGCAAAAAACAACUAAAAGAAACUAAGUGA